AUGAUGAGGACGUACGCUUUGGCGACGACCCUCUUCACUUCAGCAGUAACGGCGUACAGAUGCAUCAAUCUCACAGUUCCCCUUAACAUCACCGCCCCAUCCGAAACACCAGCCUUUGCCCCAUUCGAGUCUUCAUUGGACUCGGUCCAGUUUCUCAACAACGUUACAACCUGGGCUUACGCCGCUCAAUCGCCUUUUGCUGGCUCUAGGAAUAUCUCGAUCUCCGUCAACAUUGCUGCGCAAUACUGCUAUCCCUCAGAUGGCUGCAGUCCCGGCGAUGAAGGACAACAUGUACAGGUCUUGACACAUGACAUUGGGUUCGAUAGCAGCUACUGGGAGUUCGAAGGUGCUGAUAGUGAAUACAACUACAUCAAGGCCGCAACCACCGCUUCCUUCUCCACUCUCUCCUAUGAUCGGCUUGGGACUGGACACUCGACCACCACAGACCCGUACACCACCCAGCAGCUAGGCCCAGAGACUGCCGUUCUCGUCGCCCUCACCUCCUUGCUCCGUCGCGGCACGCUACACUCGUCCAUUCACGCACCGUCUCAUGUCGUCCACAUUGGACACAGCUUCGGCAGUGUAAUUACCUCCAACCUGGCAGAACACUACCAGAGUUUGACCGACGGUAUUGUGCUUACAGGAUACAGCACCAACUCCUCGUUCGCUACAGGAUUUGCCAUCUCUAGCAAAUUUGAAGUGGCGGCCGAGAGUCUCUCCGGGAACUGGUACAACCGUAGCAAAGGCUUCUUAACUUGGCCGGAAAAACGAGCCAACCAAUACUCAUUCCUCGCCUGGCCGUAUUUCUCGCCUGAUGUACUGGAACUCGCUGAGGCUUCUAAGCAGCCAUUUGCGGUAUCUGAGUUUCUCACAGCCGUGCCCAUGCUAGCGCCAAAUUACGAUGGGCCUAUCAUUUCUGGGGCAUACGAUCGCAUAUUUUGUGGUAACUAUUGUUACGGUAUACUCGAGGCUGGCAAGUCUUUCUACCCCAAAGCCAGGACAUUCCGAGCUUACGUCCAGCCAAACACUGGCCAUGGCAUGAACCUUCACUACAACGCCACUGGCUUCUAUGCCGUCAUUGCGGAUUUCAAGACCAACACAUAG